UGCUUCGGUGGAAUACUUACUACGAGUAAUUUUACUUAUGAGAGUCAUUUCUCCUGCCACCGCUCUACAGUUGGUGAUGUUGGACGUUCCAUCACCGACUGUCGUGGGUCAAGAGGUGGAGCUCACCUGUAGUUUUGACUUGAACGGUGACACACUGUACUCGGUAAAGUGGUACAAGGAUGACGUUGAAUUUUACCGUUACGUUCCUAACGACUGGCCUCCUGGGCAGUUUCUUCCGCUUGGUGGCGUCAGAGUUGACCUGUCGAAAUCCAAGGAGCAAUCAGUGUAUAUUCGAAAUGUUGCUUUGGAAACCGCUGGAAUUUAUAAAUGUGAAGUUUCAACUGAAGCGCCAGUAUUUGAUACGGUGUCAGCCAAGAAGGAGAUGAAAGUAUACGUGUUGCCAACGGAAGGUCCAAAAAUUACAGGAAGAUACAUGAAGUAUCAAAUAGGGGAUACGGUAACAGUCAACUGUACCUCAGCCAAGUCGAAACCAGCAGCCACGCUCAGCUGGUAUAUAAAUGACAAACUGGUUGGACCAGAGUAUGAAACGGUCUAUUCAACCAUCCUGCACGAUGAUGGCCUAGAAGUAUCCUGUUUAAGUCUUCGAUUGCUAAUAACACACGAUCAUUUCAGCGCUGGAAACAUGAGACUUAAGUGCGAGGCGAGUAUCCCACGUGUACGAUAUACGAUGAGUGAUGAAACGCUUGUUUUCACGGAUCAGCUUCAACACAUGUCAGGGCUCCAGAUUCGAGAGGAUUUGAUUAAAGGAAUAUAA